CGCACUCGUUCCGCUGACUCGCAUCAUUGCUGCACCGACGCAGGGGGUCCGUGCUUGCAGUCACCGUCACCCGCACCGCCGCCUCGGUCUUCGUCAACGCCGCCUUGUCUCGAGCAUCUUGACCAAGGGGUAGGGAACCUCGCUCACCCCACGCUUCUUAUUGCCGCGCGGCCCCCGGCGCGCACACUUCCCCGACCUGCUCGGAUUCGAAAUGGCGCCCUGCAUGGAGGGCUCCACAGACGGAUGCAGCGAGGGCUGGCGCAGGUUGCAGCCCCCCGAGGGUGCAGCUGAUGGCGGUUCGUGCCAAGGCAGAGGCCGCGUGCCAGCACACCUUGCAGCCCAAGCUACACGGGCACUUCCAUUGGCCCCGCGUCGACAGCGUGGAGGUCCUGCAGCGGAGGUGACCUCUGCGAGAAGAAGCUUGCGCUCACCGAGCAGAGGGACGCGGCGGCCUGGGCGUGGGCGCGGCGGCGCGACGCCCUGGAGCAGCGGCGGCGGGAGCUCGCCACCUGCGCGGAGGACAGUCCGCAGGCUGGAGAGCGAGGCGCAGUGCCUGGAGAGGGCCGAGGCGGCCGCACGGCAGGAGUCUCGGGAGCUGUCGCUGCGCCUGCGCACCCUGCGGGGCACGGCUGCCGCAGCCCCCGCCGCGGACACCGUGGCCGAGGCCGCCAGAGCCAUGCACGCCGCGGGGCGUUCCGCGUGCGCCGCGGAGGCUGCCCUGGAGGAGAGCUCCGCGCCGCCCGACGCCGGGACGCCGCCGCGCCGGAGGCGCCCGCCGGGGCGCCCCGCGGGGGCCCCGCCGGGCCGGAGGCGGCGGCCGAGGGCGCAGCCAAAGGGGCCGCGCAGGUCGCGGCUCUUGACGGCCGCCUGGCGCUGCUGAGAUCGGAGCUCGCCGCGGCCGAGCGGCGCCUCGCGCGGGCGCGGCGCGCGCGGCGGCUCGCGGGCGCCGGCCCCGUGGUGGCGUCGGCGGUGGCCUCGCUGUUCUGGCUGGGCGUCCCCGAGGGCGUUGGCUACGCUGGGCUGUCGGCGCUGGUUUCCCUGUCGUUCGCGGCCCGAUCGGGCGCCUGCGGCCGCUUCCUCUGCUCAGUGCUCUAGUCGUCCAAGGGUCGAGCCGGGCCCAAUUCGUUGCACCCACCUCGGUGCGGCGGCCUGGGAACUGCAGUUGUCAUAGUGUGUGUUUGUCAAUUCAGGCUUUCGGGCCUGCGCGUGGUUCUGGCCACGCAGCGGCAGUGGGCUUCCAGGAAGGCUCCAUGCCAAAUGGCGAGGCCGACGCAAGGCUGGGAUGUUGCCGUGUGCCUUGUCAGCGAAAGUAUACCGCAUCGAGGCACCUGUGUACAUGCGAGUGCGCAUUAGUAUCUAGCGGUGCGCAGACAUGAUGUUUAUAUACUUGCGCCGUGAUUGUGCGUUGUCCUCCAGUGGAUCCCAGGCCAUUUGUCCUGAGAGGGGAUGUGAACGUGCAAUAGGGAAGCGCAUAUUUGACGCUCCGACUGGCCGCGCUCCCGCCGCCUUCGGACUCCCAGGAGACGCACCCCUGGGGAAGGCAGGGUUGCAAAAAAACAAAGGAUUGCA